AUGGCGUUGCAGUCGUGUUGCAGUUGUAUCACUGUGCGCUGCCUGCAGAUCAGAGUCCAGGUUAGAAUUGUGCUCGAAUAUAUUCCGGCGCUUAACUCACCAAUAUUCUCUACAACAUCCCCUCUGCCCGCACUCAUGCCAAUUCCUGCACUUGUAUUUGCACCCGCGUUUACCCUGGUACUUGCCCUCGUGGCUGCACUCGCACUCGCAACUGUAUUCGCACUUGCAUGUGCAUUUGCACCUACAGCAGGAUCCAUACUGGUAGUUACAGCUGUAGCUCCCGCACUCGCACUGGGACUCACCACCUCCCCAACGGGCGUGGCUGAAGAAGAAGGCGGCGACGCAGCUGAGGACAAUGCAGAUAACGCAGAAGCAAGGGACGAUGCACCGCUGCGUCGUCCCUCACCGUGA